UAAGCAAUUGGAAAUAUUACUUAGAAAAUGGUUUGGUAUUCUGCUGGUACUUUACUUCCAAAUACAUUAUUUCAAAUUCCUCCUUUUAAAGUUUUGUGAAAGAUGCAACAGCCCUAAGUCUGUUUCUACCGUGUAGGACUGAUAUAUAUUUGGGGAUCAAACUACAAAUAAUAGUGGAGAUUUCCAGAGGGCGAGAAUUUGGUAGGUGGAGGGGUUAAUUAUUUUUAUCUUAAUGUGAGCGGCCAAAGGUUAAGCCCAGUUGUCAGAGACGUUAGUGACGUGGAAUGUUAAGUUUCACUUUUGCUUUCAUGUUAAAGCGUGAAACAAGUGUUCAUGUCUCUUUGCUUUAGUUUGGGACAUCUCAGAGAUCUGAAGCCUGUUGUGAAACUGGUGAUCCUAUGAUGUUUUCCCAGAAAGCUUGGAGCCGAGUUUGGAGCCACCUUUUGGUGUUUGCAUUAUGUGAACUCAUGACUCACUGCCAAUCUCACAGCACAGGCUUUUCAAAGCAGCGGACUCUCUUUUUGGUUGGAAAAACUGGCUCUGGAAAGAGUGCAUCAGGAAACACCAUCUUGGGCCACUCAGCAUUUAGAGAAGACGCCUCGGCUGAGUCGGUGACAAAAACCUGUGAGAGACGAGAGCGACUGGAAGGAGACAGGAACAUGGUGGUGAUCGACUCCCCGGGAAUAUUUGACACAGAUAAAACACAAGCACAACUCAAAGAAGACAUUGAGAAGUGUGUUAAGCUGUCAGUUCCUGGGCCUCAUGCUUUUCUGUUAGUGAUAAACUUAAAGUCGAGAUUCACAAAAGAGGAAAAAGACACUGUGAAGUGGAUCCAGGAUAACUUUGGCUCUGCUGCUGCUUCUUACACCAUAGUCCUGUUCACUCAUGCUGACUUGCUGAGAGGUAAAUCUGUUGAGGACUAUGUGGCAGAAAGCAAAGAACUACAAACUCUAAUAGACAGGUGUGGAGGAAGAUACCACUCAUUAAUCAAUGGGCAGAGUUCAGACAGACAACAGGUCACAGAACUUCUGGAUAAAAUAGAAGAAAUGAUUCAAAGAAAUGGGGGAGACCAUUACACCAAUAGUAUGUACAAAAAAGCCCAGAGGGAACUGGAGGAGGAGGAGUUAAGGGCGUGGUGGGAGGAAUAUGAAAGAACAAAAAAGACAGAGGGGAGAAAGUGUAAAUCUAAGUGUGAAGAAGAUAAACAGGAGGCAAGAAAGCAGAAGGAGAGAAAGGAAAAACUUCAUUUAUGGUGUAGAGUUUUAAAAAUGGCUUCCAAAGGAAUGAAGUCUGCUAAGAAUAACUACUUGACAUCAAUGGGAAAAGUUCUUGGUUUUGUCGUUGAAGACUGUGAACUUUUCGAGUAUGUGUUUCCUUAAAUCAGUGAGAAAUGUGACAAAAUGAACCAACAAAUCACAACCAUGAAUGGAUGAAUACUACGGUGACAAUGUCUAAAUAUCGUCUAGAGAAAACAAAGACCCAUAAUCCAAUCUUGCUGUAUAUUGUCAAUGUCUGAAUAAUUUAGGUUUUCUAUUUUGGUCCUCUGAUUCUUUAUGUUUUGAUUUGAUUUGAUUUUAUUUCAUUUUGGCCGUUGAACACUGUUUUCAUCAGCAUAACAGAGCUCUGCUCUUAGUUAUUAUCCUGAUGCAACACACGCACAGUUUAUGCUUUCUGCAGACACUUAUUUACACUUAAUAUGUCCAACAGCUUAUUGACAUGUCUGGCAAAUUUCUGAUUGACGUAAUGAAAACUGUGUUAAUUUAUUGAUGAUUUAUUUAUUUAUGUUGCUUUUUCAUUUGACAAGUCUAAUUGCAACUUUUUGCUAUUGCCUCCAUGAGUAAGUCAGUGUCAAUGUCAAACUUAUUUAUAAAACACAUUUCCAACAGCUCAUGCUUCCCAAGGUGCCUCAAGGUGCAAUUAAGGAUAAGUAAAAUACAUGACUAUGGUACAAUCACAUAUCAAGUGAUAAAGAUGUACAUUGCAUGUGUGAAAUUGAGAAUUAUGUCUAAAUACGAGGACUAAAACCUGAACAAUAGGACCGUUUCUGUUUAAUAAUUUGAAAACCUCAAAAUUAAAACUAAAACUAUGAAUGUGACAAUUAAGAUGUAAAUAUGUCACUUUUAACUAUUGUAAUUAAGCACAAAUAGUAAAUAUUGUGUAACUACUCUACAUAUUUACUUCACUUUAUCAUUUAAAGAUCAUUGGAGGAAAAAAAACACGUUAGAAGCCAUCAAGUGGUUUUAAUUUAACUUUCUGCUCAAAAUAAUUUGCUUGCAAUGAGAAUGUUAGUUAAAAAUGUCAAGAUUAAAGUUGUAAAAUUGUAAAAUUGAUUGUAUUUUUUGUUUUGUUUGAGUGUGUUGUUUCUUUUACAUUUGAUGUAAAGAAAGUUGCACAGGAUGGUUGCUUUGUUUUGAAAAGUUUGAAAUGAUUUGUAUAAUUUUGCUGGAUUUUGUGUAAUGCAAAACUCUGUAUAAAUAAAUACUUAAUGAAACAUG